CUGAACUGAACUGAAAUCUGCUGCUGAAUUUGUUUAUGGGGUAGAUUUUACAUCAAACAUAGUAUUUAUGAUCAUUUGUAUUUGUUUAUCUAAUUAUUUUCCAACUGUGAAGGCUUAAACUGCUUUAAUUUCUCGGUUAACAUAGCUGCUAUUCAUAUGUCCGAUACAACUGCUCUUGGUUUUAAGUUACUGGAAGUUUUGGGGGGGAGAUUUAGUGUCAUGCCUCUCUAAUCUUUCUCGUCUUCCAGCUGCUUGGCAGCUCUUUAAAUAUUGACACCGGUGUCCGCCUCCAGCAGCAGUAGCAGCAGUAGUCCACAGGCCGGGCCGUGCUACCGUGGGGUAUCCAGCCUCUAGUUACACCGGCCGGCUGCAGCUUCUCUGCUGUCCUGCAGGGGGCGGUGCAGCGGGGCUACUGUCCAUGGUGCUGGAGAUCCGGCUGGCUCUGUCCGGGGUGCUGAACAGACUCCGGGGGUGCUGGGCUCACUCUGAGGCUUCUGUCGGACCCGUUCAGUCCACUCCUGCCCGGUUCCGGUCGUGUAUUUCGGGGUUGUGGUCGCUCCAGGGGGUUAAAGUGAAUAUUCCAGCCCCGGAGAUGUCGGAGCGGAGGGGGAGGGGAGGGCAGUAGACUGAGCGGAAGGUAAGGCUUUAUGUCUCCGUGACAAAGAGCGUGAAGCUCACUUAUUUGUUGGUAUUUUCUGAAGUCUAUGAGAGCUUAACAGUGGUUUUGUCUCAACGCUGGGGGGACGGGAUGGAUCGGUAUGUGGGUUGUUGUUCUUUGGAUGUCAGCGGGAUAUCUGUCGGGUUUUUUUUUUCUUCCGCUGAAAAUAAUUCUGCUCGGUGUGAAUGAGCGUACAGUCAGUUUUUAAACCGAUUAUUAUUGAUAGUAGUUGUUCCCGGCGGCUACAAUGGCGUCUAAGUGUUUUUCCAGUCUAUUUCUGACUCUUAAUGUCAGUGUUUAACGCCGCUGGCCUUUGUAUGUUUGUUUUUUUGUCACUGUGCCAGUUUUGGAGAGGAGAAAGGCCUCGUCCUGGCAGCAGCCCGGCCUACAUCUCUACUCUCACCGACACAAACCUUUUGACGCUUUGAAAAUGAUACUCCUAUUUUGCUUUGGCUUUAUCCCGUUAAAUGUUUCCGCUAUGAAAAGUUUCAAACAUUUAAACUUAUUUAAGGUCCUUCCUUUCAGGAGUAAAGUCACUCUAAGCCGGUUGUGUUUGGUAAAUGUGUCAAAGAUCUCCAAACUGUCAUGAGCACCGCUGCCUGCUGUCAAACUGUCACGUACACAUACCUCUGUAUGCGCUCCAGUACAGAGGAAUCUACCCAUAUAAACACUCUUAUAUCUCUCAUUUAUAAGUUUAUUUCACUGAAUUUAAACAAUUAGUCUAUAAUUUAAACAUACUGUGUAUAUUUUUGAACGAUUUGAAAAUAGUAAAAAGUUCAUUUAGCUACCAUAAGUUAAGGUGUCUUAUGCUAUGGUGUAUGACAAUAAAACAUGAUGGUAAGGUUGUGGUAGUACGAUCCGAUUAUGAUAGGAUAGGACUAAAUAAAACAAAUUACAUAAAUAUGUUAAAGAAAUUAUGAUUCAUUAUGGAGAGUAGUUACAUACAAUUCAACGCAAUGCCACGAAAUACAUUAAGAUAGGACACGAUAUAAUGACAAAUUAAACAUUUUUAUGUGAUAGGAGACACAACAUUUUGAGGUUAUACUACGAUAUGAUAUUCUGGAGUAACAAUACGAUUAACUGCGCACUAACAAAAGUACGAUAUGACGAUAUGCUAUGACAAGUUAGGUUACAAUACGCUAUGCUAAACUUCACUGUGUUUCAAAUCAAUACACUAAGUUAGGAUGUGAUACCUAAUGUUACAUUACGAUAUGAUAUUCUAGAGUAACAAUAUCAUAAACUGCGCACAAACAAAAUUACGAUAUGACGUAGGAUAGGCUACGCUAUGACAAGCUAGGUUACAAUACGCUAUGCUAAACUUCACUAUGCUUCAAAUCAACACUCUGAGUUAUCAUGUGAUACUUAAUGUAACACUACAUUUUGCUAUGAUAAUCCGUUCUAGAAUACCUUAUGUUAUAACUUGCCACCCUAUAAUAUGCUAUGCUACAAUAGCCUAUGCUAGGAAAUACUAUGCUAAAACAAGCUUUGCUUCUAUACUGUACUGAACAUAACGUAUCCUACUUAUUUACUACGAUAUUAUAAAUACAGCACAAUAGUAUCAGGUUGUGUGUUGAUGUAAAGUACUGUCAAUAGCGAACGAUAUGACGCAAUACAACACACAGAAUGUGUUAGGAUGAACACAAUACCAUGCAUUAUUAAAAGUAAGUUAUGAUACAAUAUGAUAUAUGACAUGAUACCCCCAAACUAUGUUGAGUUUUCUUACACUUAAGAGCUGUGCACAUUUUGCUUAAAACAUAUUAUUGAAAACCACAAACAACAUAUUAUGCAUUACUUAUAUUGCACAUUUUCCACAUUAAACACACCAUCCAGACAUAUGGGGUCCAAUGUGCUCUACAGUACAAUAACAACGAGAUAUUCAGAAAUCUUGAAAUUAAAUUUAAAAGGUAAAAGCAGGACAACAGAAACAUUUGUUCUUCUGUUUUUGAGUGUAAGCUUUGGUUCAAAAAUAAAGGAGGGAAGUGAUAGAACAUUAAGUUCGGUGCAGUUAAGUCAAGUAGAAGUAAGUUAAAGUUUGAAACUUUGAGAAGUAAAGUAUACUAAAAUCAAGUUGAAUAACGUAAAAUCAAAUGAAGUGAUUAAAUGAAGGAAAAGUAAAGUCCCUUCAAGAAAAGGAAAAAGUGUUAAGUUAAAGAAUGCAUAUUUCUAUCAACUUACUGCUAUAUUAAAUGCAUUAUAGAAUGUACCAUAUAUAUAUAUACAGUAUAUAUGUGUAUAAAUAUAUAUAUAUACUGACAAAACUCCUUUUAAUGUUGAAGUUUUUUUUUUUUUAAGUCAUCUUCCAGAAGGGCAAAGGUACACAGUGUAACUGCUAGAUUUUCUAAUCUUCUGACAGAAGUAAACUUAAUGUAUCACAUUUUGGGGACAGAAAUCACAAAACUCUUUGAGGACUGGUGAAUACUGAAGCCUUACUUUUGACCCUGGCUGUUUUGUUUUCAGAAACUUAAGUGGUGUUUUUGUCUUAUCUUAGCCAGAAAAUGAGUUCAAAGGUCAAACACUGAGACAACGGAGGACCAGGGGAGAGUCAACCAACAAGAGAAAGGACGAGCCUCAGCAUCAAAGUAUCUAUCUAUCUAUCUAUCUAUCUAUCUAUCUAUCUAUCUAUCUAUCCAUCCAUCCAUCCAUCCAUCCAUCUAUCCAUCCAUCCAUCCAUCGUACUGAUUUUACUUCUGUUCCUCAGAUGAGCCAAGAAACAACAGAGACACGAACAAGGACCCGCUCUAAAGCCAUCCGAGGUCAGUACACACGCACGCACACACACACACACACACACACACACACACACACACACACACACACACACACACACACACACACACACACACACAGAACGCGAUGUCAAAUGACGCUGAUGUGACCUUUCCUGUUGUAUAUUUAUGGAAUACACUUGGGGGCAACAAUGAGCUGUUUGCCUCACGUGAUCCUCAAAUACAGACACUAUAACACUCAGGCAUCAAAACACAAGGUGCCAAAAAACACCAGGCUUGAUUGGGUUUAACUAUUCAAAUUUCUCACUUUCAUAUGUCAAACUUAAGUUGCUGUUAAUUAAAAUGUUGCCACAGGGUUCAUUUGUCCUCAACAGUGGUAGAUUUUUGAAGCACGAUUUUCAUCCUGUAAUUAAAGCAGCAUUUUCAAGCUCAGGAAUUCAAGCCCAGUUGCAAACAUUUGUGAAUCUGCAUUCACUUUUUAUAACUGGGUAUAAAAAGGGUAGUCAAGAGAGGCUCUGUCUCUCAGAAGGGUAGAUGGGAAGAGGUUAACCACUUUAUUAGAGAGUGCAUGAACAAAUGGCAUUAACAGCGUAAAACUGCAAAGAAUGAGUGGAUUUCAUCAUUAAAAGAUUCAGAGAAUCUGGACCCCAGGUGUCUCUGCACUAACAAACAGACAGGACUCUGUAGUUGAAAUCACUGCAUUGGCUCAGAAUUACCUCCAAAAGCCAUCGUCUUUAAACACAGUUCACUGCAUCCACAAAUGCUGGUUAAAAGUGAACCAUGCAAUUGGGGACCCAUGUCAAUUAUAGACAUGAUCCAGAAACACAGAAAAGGUAGAAUGGAAACCUGUCUUGUGCUCUUUAUUGACAGCACUCUAAAGAAUAGAGGGACCUCAUGGCAUCCCUCAAAGUCAGCAUCCCUGAUGGUAUGGGGAUCAUCAGAAUCUAUGUCAUAGCUUCGACAUCUGUGAAAACUCCAUUAAUGCUGAACAAUAUCUACAAGUUUAGGAGCAACAUCUGCUGCCAUCCAGACAAUGACUUUUUCAGGAUAGACCUCCAUGUUUCAGGAAGACAAUGACAAACCACAUUCUGCAGGGAUUACAACAGCAUGGCUCUGUAGUAGAAGAGUCCUGCUGAUGACCUGGUCUGCCUGCAGUCCUGACUUGUCCCCUAUUGAAAACAUUUGGAGCAUCAUGACAUCAAAAUAGGACAAAGGAGAUCCUGAACUGUUGGGCAGCUGAAAUUCUCUCUCAGACAAGAAUGGGACAACAUUUCACUUUAAAACACCAGAAACUGGUCUGUUGGGUUCACUAACAUUUACAGAGAGUUGGGAAAAGAUGAAACAGGAUGGUAAAAAUGUCCCUGUACCAACAAAUAGCUGGCUUUUAAUUUAAAAUGAGUGUAUGAAUAAAAACAUCUGUUUCAACAUUUGAUGUUUUCUUAACACUAGUGGCUUUAAAUGAUUUGCGAACUUCAAAAAGUGGUUUUACAUCCUAUCCCACCUUAUUUGGAUUUGUACUUUGCACUUCUGUUUCGUUAAAGGGAUGAGGAACAAACUCAUCAUAAAAUCCUAACAAACUUCAGUAUACAAACUUGCAAAAAUAUGUUUAUUGGCAACAUUUCUGUACUAAAAAUUCAUCAGGAAACACUGGCAUUCCUUGAUGACGGUCGAGAACAGAAACGUUGCCAGAAAAUAUGCUUUUGAAAGUUAAAGAGCAGGAGUUUGUUUGCAUGAGAGUUUUUCAAAAUGUUUUCAUAAACAGAGGAAACAUAUUUUGGCAGACUGUUAUUUUCUUAAGCGGACUUGAUGCUGCUGUGAGUCAAGUUGAUUGAGGUUAAUGCCUUCAAAAUUUUUGUACAUGACUCACGUGCAGAAAAGACUAUAUGGUAAGUUAAUUUUGAUAUUUAUAGUUCACACGAGGCUUUUAUUUUUGUAUCUCCUGCUUCCUUUCCUCACAGCAGAGCUUGCAGGACAAGACAUGAAGCAGGAGCUAAGGUGAGUUUAUCUGUUUUUAAGUAGAUAUCAAAAUAAAUAAAGUCAGUUUUGUGUGAAUGAAGUCUUGAUUUGUCGUGUUGUUUGUCUGCAGCAGCUGCCCCACCCCUGGAUGUGACGGAAAAGGUCAUGUGAGUGGACGAUAUUCACGGCACAGGAGGUAAGAUUCCGAUUAUAACAUCACACUUUAUGCAGACUAAUAGAACCUUCUUACGAGAGAAGACAUUGAGGAAGAAACACUUGCAUUUAUAUCAUAAAACAUGUACAUGAAAGAUAGUGCGAUGAUUAAAAGGAGGGCUUCGUCUUUCAUCUGUGUUAGUACUAGGAUUUUUGGUAUGUAAGAAGCAUUUCUCACUGAUCCUUUGAAACAACUGAACAAGCUGUGGGUUUUGCCAUUUUGUGUCAGCUUGUUUAAUGUCAGCAUGUUCACACACACACACACACACACACACACACACACACACACACACACACACACACACACACACACACACACACACACACACACUCACACUCCUCCUGCUCUCCUCAGCGCUCUGGGAUGCCCACUUGUAAAGAAAAGGAAGCUGGAGGAGGCCGAGGCAGAGGAGAACCAGUCUGCUCCCAAAAGGAGGAACCAGUCUACAAAAGAGGCGGUCGAUGAAGGCCUCAACGCUGAAAGUGACGCAGCAGAGGAGGAGGAGGAGCAAAAAGAGGAGGAGGAGGAAGAAGAAGAGGAAGGAGGAGACCUGAAAGAGAAGAAGAAAAACAAAACAAAAGGAUGGCCUGAAUCAACAAAAAGUGAGUGAAACUAAACCAGAGAAGCCAGAUAAAAAGUUUUAGUCAGAGUGAGCUGGAUCUUACCGCACAGGUUUCAUUUCAAAGACACUUAGUAGUUGGGUCACAAAGUGAGAUUCUGUGACCAUCCUCUGGCAAGGAUGUUUUGACGAUUGAUUUGACCUCUAUGGACCCUUUAGAAAAGAUUUAGCCCCCAGGUCCCUCGCAAAAAUCCCGGCAUUUUUUGCAAGACAGCCAAAUUCAAGAUGGCGGCCGGCGCCAUCUCUUAAAAUUAACUUUUGAUCUGGAUGACCUAGAAUCAUGUAUGAAGGCACUUUUCCAUACAAGUCAAGCAUGAGGAUUCCAAAUCUGACAUAGUUUUAAUCAUACAACUUUGUUUUGACCGCGAUAUUCAAGAUGGCUGCCAUCUAGUACUGUAAUUCUCAACCUUUUCAGGACUUGACCCCCCCAAAAACAAUCAUAUUUGAAAUGGGUAACCCCUAAUUUGUUUGACUCUGUUCCACAUAUAGAUAUUGUGAAAAUAGCCGCUCUACAAACCCGUAACACCUUGUAUUGUGAGGCGUGUGAGCUUGUAGAUUGGCUAUAUUCACAAUUUUUGCCUUUUUCUUAUAUCAUUUGACAAUUUGGCCAAUGGUUUAGCAUUGUUUGUUGAUUACUUUGGAUGCAGUGAUGAUCUUUUUCUUUGAGGAUCUUACAAGUCCUAACAUUAUAAUUUCACUGUCAUCUGGGGGUACGCCACCAACCAAUGAUCAAGUACAGAGAAAACUUAACUUAACAACAACAUAAAGGCCAGUGAAUAUUGCACUCAAACUAUCCAGUAUGCUUGAUUCAUGUCAGCAGCAGUACUUAACUCAGGCAAUUUGAUUGGCUGUCCCUUCAUGUCAGGGAUCAUCUUUGGGUCGACUUAAUGGUAUAUGUGGCUUCAUUACACAGACUACCACACUGGAGAAUACAUGACUGUCUGUCUGUCCUGGUUGGUAUAUUAUUUUCUUCCAUAUUCAAGCAGCCAUGUAUUCUGCAUGCACACUGUCUUUACAGAUCAAAUGUGUAGCUCCUCUAACUGUGGACUCAAAAGAAUGACUGAGGCAACAUUUAGGAAAGCAGCAGCACUAAACAAGCAGCAUGUGCUAACAUGCCCUGACAUGAAGGGACAAGAGGGUGGAGGGUGGCGGACCCCGCACAGUUGUAUUUUCGUCUGGCGGAGCCCGGCAUACAGCCAGUUUGGUAUUAUCAUGGACAUUUUCGUGCUCGCCAAUGGCGUGUAAAGUGCACUGAAAGCUCGCCGAUUCAAACCUGGUCAGCUUUCAGCGCAGGCAGAGCACAGCUGGUCUAGUGGUAUUAUGGUAGACCAGCGGCGUAUCGGCAUACAUCACCGAUGCCUCACCGGCAGGUUUCCACAGUGUCAGGCACAUUUCAGUGCAAUAAAUAAUCAUCAAUAACUAUUAAUCUGAGUCAGCACAUACAUUUAGAUCUAUAUCGAUAUAUUCUGAUCUAUAUCUGAUCUGAUGAGCGCGUUUGGCACGCAUUUGGACACACAACCGGAUUGAAUCAACACAGCUGAAACCGCAUUAAAUUAAAUUAAAUAUCUAGUAAAUAAACACACAUGAUGAAGUUAAUAAGAUAUUUAAUUCGUCUCCCUCCUUUUCAUUCUUCCUCUUCCUCUUAUUUCUCGUGCAGCUCGACCUAGACAUGUGUCUGUGUCCUCUCUCUGUCCUGCUGCAGCUGAACAGAUGAUUUGUUUCAGUGCUCAGAUGAGUUAUUUACUUCAAGCCGACAUACGGAUAUUAUAAUAUUCAGUUUUGUGAGCCAAAUUUACUUUAUAUGCCAACAUCUAUGAAAGAAAGAGCCAGGCCACAGAGCGCGAUGCGUCAUCUACGCACAGAUGGUUCCGAUUUUAAUGCCAUUUUUGGAGUUUAUAUUGUGAUCUGUGCGCUCAACCCACCUUUGUCACGUGAGGUUUGAAUAUAUGCAACUUUAUGUGAGUGUCUUUAUUAGUGGAAAAGGGUGUUUGUCUUACCAGUGGGUCCAACAUUACACACACCAAAUCCGUCUGUGCUCACAUGAGAGAGUGUGGAGGACGCCAAAUGCAGCGCUUACAGUGGCACUUGUUGAGGAGCUGCCUUCUGUCACCAUCGUGUGGCAUUGCUGUCUUCAGACAUCUCUUGAUCUCUUUGACUACUUCACGAAAAUAGUAAUACGCCUCGCCAGUGGUGGAUUUAAAGGCAAGGAGAAGAGCCUGUAGUGAUUUGAAAUGAGCCUCACACGGGGCACCAAAAUAUAUGUAGUGAUUUGAAAUGAGCCUCACAAGGCCGCACCAAAAUAAUACUUGGCGAUUGGAAUUUAUAAUAAAUGUCUGAAGAUUAAUAAUCUCAAAUUAUGACAUUUAUGCACUCGUUGAAAGGGGCACCACCCACCCUUAAUGGUGGGAAAAUAAAGAAAACAAAAGUUUAAUUCAGAAAUCAAACAUCAAGUCAGUUUUAAUUAAUCAGUCUUAAUUAAUCAGUCUUAAUUAAUCAGUCUCAUAUCUUAAGUCGAAAUUCUAAUUUCAGGGACUCCACUUCUGGAAGAACACUAACAGACCAGAACUUAGAAAAAUAAUUAUCUGUUUAUUACAGGAUAAAUGAUGGUACAACACACAUGCAAUAAAUGAUGAUAAGAUAAUGAAGAUAAAUAAUAAUAGGUGAAUAAAUCAAGAUUCUGAGUCAGGCUAGGAGCACUAAAGUUAAUGAUAGUGAGUGAAUAUGCGCUAACAUAUUAACCUACACUAACUUUGGUGUCGAGAUAAACUCGGGUGUAGAUUUGGAGGAAUCUAAGAUCACCAGAAAUAGGUGGAUAUCUGAGUUAUGAACGCGUGAGACAGCAUCAGCCCUGUCUGGAGCUCUGGAGGUUUGCAUACUUAAGUGAGACUGGUCCUUGGAGAAGAUGGAGCAGGUUCCGAAGGUCCGGGGCUACUGGCGGUUCGAGCGGUUCAGCUCAGAAGACGACUGAAGUCAGCCGAAGGAUGAGCCAGGAGUUGCAGCACUCAGGCCCGAAGCAAAAACCAGCGCCUGUGGAUCCUGUGGAUGCUCGUUUGGGUACUUCUUUAGUCUCACUCAAAAACUCUGGCACAGAGGAUGACCUGGGCCUGUUGGAUUGCGUUCGGAGGUGACUUUGAAAUCACGCAGAAAACUCAGAAAAACGAGGCUCGAAGAGCAGAGAAAACUUUCAAAAAUGGCUUCGCAAAAUUAAAGAAAAUCAAUCAAAGGCUUAAUCUUGAAUUGCUAUGUGCACAAAAAGUUGAAGUUUCAAAACUUGAACUAAGACGAUAUUAAAGAAAAAUCAACGUGAAUCAACACGUGGUGUAAAACUUAGAAGACUAAGAAAAAGUUCUAAGAGAAAACAAAGAAACACACCACAGAAGGGUGUGGGCAGAAGAGAAGGGGCAUAAGAGCCGGGGACAAGAGAGUCCGCAGAAGAGAGAUAAGAGGAGCAUAAGAGGAAUAAGAGCUAAGAGAGAGAGCGAGCAACCCCACUCCACUGGUUUUAUCUUCUCACACUGGGAGUGUCUGAGGAGAAAGAGGAGGGGUCAUCGGGUCUCUGAUUAUUUGAUCUAACUUAUUCUUUUGGCUGAUAAAAGAGUCAGAUCUGAUACUCACUCACUAUGAUUAAUAUCAUUGAAUGCUUGGUUUCAUGAUAAAUAAUUUGAUACUAAACACAUAUGAAUGAAGUGUAGGAUCACAUCAAACAUUCUCAUUAUGUUUUAAGUAUCACAUUGAACAUGCUAAAUUACUCUGAAAUGAAACAGAUAGUAACACAUAGAAACUGUGAACAACAAACGAGUAAACACAUGUGAAUGAACGUCAUCAUGAUUAAUAAUGGAUUCUAAAUACUCACAUUCAGAUUAUUCAGUGACAUUAUAACCACCUAAUGGUUAAAAAUACUAAAUAAACGAUUAAAAUAUAGAACAAACAUUUCUAAACCAUUUCUGUUAAUUAGAGCUAAGUUAUGAGUCACAAUCAAUAAAUUUAACUCUUAAAAGUUCAUGAAACAGUCUGAAAAGCUGUUGGUCUAAAGAUAUCCGGAGUGAUAAUUUGGCUUCUGAAGCACAUAGAAAAACGGGAAACAUCUCAUUUUAACACAAAUUUCAUGAUUAGACAGAUUAGUACAUUGCUGAAUGCAUAAGAUGUCAGGAUCAGUCAUUUGUAUUCUUUCACCAAAGGAAUGUAGUCUUUAUCAGUGCAUGGUCGAGCAGGGUUUUACGACCGAGGUCUGGAGGUCAGUGUCCCCCCUUUUCCUAGGGUCCGUAUGUUCACACACUUUAAGACACUAAAUCUCAAAUGGGAGAUCUGGGUUGAGACGUUAAUGUUUAUUUAGAUGGUCAGCAAAUGGAGUCAGUUUGAAAGGUAAUAAAACUCUGUCUCUGUUCUCCGAAUUGACCAAUCGUGAAGAGUCGGAGGUUUAGUCAACCUCCUGUUGGGUCACUUAUUUAACCUGAAAGGGCAAACACGUCUGGAAAGAUUUAUAUCCUGUUUCCUGGGACCAGAUAAGGAAGCUUUCCUGUGAGGAAUGUGUGGGUUUCACAUCCAGGGUUGUCUUGAUUGCUACAAGCCUAUGUGAUUGGUGAAAACAGGUCUCAGCUGUGUUAAACCCACUCCAUGCCCUCUCUCCUCCCUCGCUACGACUUUCGCCGCUGGGAGGAGCUGAGUUAAGGAGGGGGGAUACUUACGCUGGGCUGCGUCGCUCACCAAAAUUCCAAAUUGUGCUUGGGAAUGCCUUGUCGGCGCGGCGGACCUGACUUACGCUGCGCCUGCAGCACGUCUCCAGCGAGGCACGAAAUAGAGCCCCAUGUGUUACGGGCUUGUAGAUCGGCUAUUUUCACAAUAUCUAAUGUGGAACAGAGUCAAACAAAUUGGGUUUACCCAGUUCAAAUAUGAUUGUUUUGGGGGGUCAAGUCCUGAAGGUUGAGAAUCACAGUACUAGAUGGCAGCCAUCUUGAAUAUCGCGGUCAAAACAAAGUUGUAUGAUUAAAACUAUGUCAGAUUUGGAAUCCUCAUGCUUGACUUGUAUGGAAAAGUGCCUUCAUACAUGACUCUAGGUCAUCCAGAUCAAAAGUUAAUUUUAAGAGAUGGCGCCUGCCGCCAUCUUGAAUUUAGCUGUCUAGCAAAAAAUGCCGGGAUUUUUACGAGAGACCUGGGGGCUAAAUCUUUUCUAAAGGGUCCAUAGAAGUCAAAUCAAUCGUCAAAACAUCCUUGCCAGAGGAUGGUCACAGAAUCUCACUUUGUGACCCAACUAUAGAUAACUUAAGGAAUAAAUGAAAAAGCGAAGGCUUCUGUUACUUCAAAUGACCACUGCUUCUGUUUUCACAGUUUUUAUCAGUCUACAGACAUGCUGGUAGCUCAGUGAUGCUGUUCUUAAGCUCAGUAGCUUUUUUUCAUUCUAAGUGAGGAUAAUUUUUUCAUUAACUCUCAGAUUUUCCUGUUUCAACAUGUGAUAUGUUGUCUUUGCUCUUUUGCAUGAAUUAUGUUUAAAAAAAACUUGCAAAUCAUCGAACUCUGUUUUCAGUACCAUUUUACACAGCGGUCCAACUGUUUUGGAACAGGUUAUAGCUGAUCUCAGGUCAUCUGAAGACACACAGUGUUCAGGAUACUGUUUGGGUUGCUUGGCAACAACAAUCCAGUUUUACUGAAGUUGCAGAGCUUGCUGGGUUGGUGGAGCAAAAAAUAGUCAUCUUUUGGUAAUUUUUGCUGCUUUUACAAGCACUGUUUGCAAAAGUGUUGCAAUGAAAGCAGUAUCAUACAGCUGCAGCCCUGUCCUUGGGACUAAAUCCCAGGAGUGCAGAUUUCAGCGCAUCUCUCUCUCUCUCUCUGUUUCUCUCUCUCUCUCUCUGGUGUUUCUGUGGCUUUUAAAAAGUUAACAGUUAAUCUUAGUGUUAAUGGUAUCCAACUAUUGAAUUUCCCUUCAGGGAUUAAUAAAGUUCUUCUUAUUCUUAUUCUGUUCUUUGUAUCCACAGCAGACUCCUCACUGGUGACAACAGAGGACCAAGAACAAGCCGAGACAGAAGCUUGUCUUCCUGCUGAAGAUGUUAAGAAUGAAAGCGUACCCUCAGAGACUGAGAAUCUAACUGAGAACAACACUGAAAGUGAGAAAACAAGCGAGGAAGAGCAGCCGGCGAUCCUCACUGAAGACCAUCAGCAGGAUGACACAGAGACGAAAGAGGUGGAGGAGGAGGAGGAAGAGGUGGUUGUAAGUCAGCAGGUGAUAGAGGAGCAGCCAGAAGAGCAAGCUGAAGAAGAAAAAGAGGUAACAGAGGUGAAAGAGAUAGAGGAAGAAGAGGAAGAGGAGGUAGCAGAAGAGGAGGAAGAUGAGGAAAAGGUGGAGGAGGAGCAGCAAGAAAGGCGAGAGACUAUUGUGGAAGAGCGUCACAUGAUGAGCCAGGAAAACUCUGACCACCAGUAUUCCAGCGGAGAUUACAACCAUCAGGCCAAAGAACCAGCAGAAGAGAGGAGGAAGAGGGAGGAACAGGAGGAUGAAGAAGAGGAAGAGGAUGAGGAAGAAGAGGAUGAGCAAGAAGAGGAGGAAGAGGGGGUAGAUGAGAGGGAGGUACACCAAGAGGUCGACACUCUUUACACUUUGAGUCCACACACUCAGGGAUCUGAAGCAGAAGAUUCAAUACAGGAAGAGAAGGUCAGCACUCCCAUGACCGAGGAAGAGGAGGAGGAUGAAGAGCAGGAGGAAGAGGAGCGAGAAGAAGAGGAGGACGAGAGGCAGGGGAAGGAAGAAGGGGAGGUGCUGGUGGAGGAGGAAGAGGAGGACAGAGAGUCCAGCAAAGGCUCCCCGACAACAGUGGUCAUAGAGGUCCGCUCUGAGGAGGACGAUGAUGAAGAUGACGAAGAGGAGGAGGAAGAGGAAGAAGAGGAGGAAGAGGAGGAGGAAGGAGAGGAGGAGCAGGAUCGUGUUUCGGAAGGCUCAGGGGUCACAGACGAUUCAGAGAACUGGGAUAUGACUCGGGGGAACCUGGGGUUGCUGGAGCAGGCCAUCGCUCUGAAGGCUGAGGAGGUGAAGGGGGGUCAGGAGUCCCAGAGCUCCCCGGAGUACCACCCAUACAGCUCCUCCAGCAAGAGCUCCGAGCCCACCACCGCACCGCGACGCCCCUCUCACUACAGCAAAGGUACGCUUAACAAAACGGAACAUAUCCCCAGAUCAGUGAGCUGUCCUGUUUGUCAUAUGAACACAUCACAUUUCACUAAAAACACCACAGGCUUCAGAGACAGCUGGAAAGUUUCCACCAGACUAUCAUUUUGCGUGACCACAAAGAUCUUUUAUGUUGUAUUCACUCUUGUUUGUGCACAGGAAACCAUUGCAGCUAAAUCCCAGCACAAUAUGUAGAGGUUGGAGCUAAGAAAUGUUCCUAAAGAAAUACAAACCAAAGCCCCAAAAUAGGACAGAAUGAACAAAAUAUAAAGAUGACAUUAGCGAUAUAACCUUCUGAUGUGCAACCUUUGAUUUUAACCCAUGUGUUGUUAAAUGAUUAUCAGGGGUUAGUAGAGAGAAAAGACUAGUUAGACACUAUCAGUUUGAAUGUUUCACUUUUAAAAGUAUUGACACACACAUUUUGAUUAAUUAUUCCCUUUCUCCCAUCCAGAAAAGAAGGAAGUGAAGUGUCCGACCCCGGGCUGUGAUGGGACGGGUCAUGUGACUGGUCUGUACCCUCACCAUCGCAGUCUGUCUGGAUGUCCUCACAAAGACAGGAUCCCUCCAGAGAGUGAGUACAUGUUACCUUUUAAACCACCAUGUGAUCAGUAGAGGUUAAAUCUGAUCCUCCUGACUUUUAUUCUAUCUUUUUCAGACAUUUUUGUUCAGGUAAUCAAAACAACGUGGGAGCUUUGAGAUCCAAGGCCCAGUUCCCUUUUGUUUUUAUCACUACCAGCACAAUAAUUACUAAUAUUAGCUCUGCUUCUUUCCUCUUUUACAGAAUUAACUACUAAUACUUUGAUAAACACUCUGGCUGAGCUGACUCUUAACCUCUCUGUUUGUUUCUCUAAAUAAUAUGACUUCUGAAUGACUGAACCCUGCUGCUGAGUGUUUGUUUCUUCGUCAGUACUCUCACUAAUGCCGAUCUGAUUUAAACUAAAUAGUCUGAUCUGAGUUUGUGUGUCUGUUGUGUGUCUGUAGUUCUGGCCAUGCAUGAGAACGUCCUGAAGUGUCCGACUCCUGGCUGCACGGGCCAGGGCCACGUCAACAGCAACCGCAACACACAUCGCAGGUUAAUGAUGACAUAAGCAGAUACAUGAGUGUGAACAACACCCACUUAUAUAUGAACUACAGAAAGGUUGUUAUCGUCUGUAUUGCUGUUUUUAACUAUUUGUGGAAGGGACAAUUCGUGACAAAAGGUCUUGAUGUUUAAUAGUCGCCUGUUUCAGCAACUUAGAAAAUAGAAAAUAAAGAAUUUACCAUUGUGAUAGGAAGCAUCGGUCAAAAUUUUGGGAUAGUUAUGGCAUGAUAAUGAGAUAACAUGUCAUGCUUAUAGAAAAAAUGUCUUUAUAAGAAAAUAAAGAUUCACAAUUAUGAGAUUAAUAAACUAAAUUUGAGGUAAAAAAAAAAAAAAAAAAAAGGUCAUGAUCAUAUAUCAGGAAAUAAAAACCCUUAGAUCCAAACCUAUAUUUUCAGAUUUUAAGAGUCAAAAUAAGAGAUUAAAAUCAGAGAUAUGAGAUAGUAAGUCAAAAUACUAGUAAAACAAGUCAAAAUUUGAGAUCUCAUAGGGGUAAAUUUGAGUUAAAAAGUUUAAUUUGUACAAAGUCAAAACGUUGAGAUUAAAAGUUUAAGUAUUAGGUCAAAUUUGGUUCGUAUGAGAUGGUCACAUGUAAGUCAUAAAUACAACAAUGAAAAGUCUGGAUUUUUAGAUUUAAAGUAGUACUAUUGAAAUAGAAAGUCAAAGAAUAGAUAGCGUCUUACUUUAGAGAAUGAGAGACAAACUUGUGAGAAGAAAGGUUCAAAUUUUUAGAUUUAAGUUGAGUAGUCAUGAGAUAAAAAGUCAGAUAAGGUUCGUAAUUAUGGGAAAUUUAGUCAAAUAUUUGAAUAAAAAGUAAAAAUGUUAAGAUUAAAAGAGGUUUAAAUACAGUAAAAAAAAAUCUGAGGUUUGGGUCAUAAAGAUGAGCAAGCUAAUCAAGUAGUAGGAUAGAAAGUCAAAAUUUUUAAAGUGUUAAAAUUGAGAUAAAAUGUUUAAAAAAAAUUUAAAAGUAUUCUUACUGGUUUGAGUCUGUAUUGCUCUAAAUCUGGAUGUGUCUCUGCUCUCAGUCUGUCUGGCUGCCCCAUUGCUGCAGCAGCUAAGCUGAACAAAAACCAGGACAAGCAGGUUCAUCUUCAGGCUUCAUCCAGCGAACCCUCUUCCAACUCUGACAGAGUGCUCAGGUCAGACAUCAGCGCUGCUUUGGACUUGAUUCACACACCUGUGUCCACAUCAUUGUGACUGUGUGGAUAAUGAACUCCAGUGUCUUUCCUUCCAGGCCCAUGUGUUUCGUGAAACAGCUGGAGAUCCCUCAGUACGGCAGCUACCGGCCCAACACAGUGACGACCACGCCCCGCGCUAACCUGGCCAAGGAGCUGGAGAAAUACUCAAAGGUGUCUUUCGACUAUGCAAGCUUUGAUGUCCAGGUGUUUGGAAAGCAAAUGCUCAUUCCAAAGACACCCAGCAGCACUGAAACAUCACCCAAAGCCUUCAAAAGUAAGAGUCACGCACAUCCACUCCAUGAUCUGUUCUUGGAUUUAGGUUCAACCUGCAACGACUUGAUUUGAUUGCAAUGACUACUUUGAAAGGUCUUCUUGGGUCUUAUGCAGGUCUUAUGUUUGUGACUUCAGAAGGAAGUUCAGUAUGUUUGAGCCUUAAAUACCUUCAAAAGGACGUUUAAUGCUCUGAUCCAACAUGCACUAAUACUAAUCUAUAUUUAAGAGCAAAAAUGAGUCAUCCUUGUGCAGUAUUUAUAAACCCAGCAUGUAGAAAUGAGUCAUUUGUGCGCAUCCUCUAAUCAUUUUUGUGUAGCAGUCAACCUUUUGUUCAAACAAAUGAUUUUUUUUUGUUUUUCCCCACCUGCUUGUCGUGGCCCGUCAAAUACUCUGUGAUCAACUACGCAGAUAAGCACAGACAAAGACACAGUUUCUGCAGAGCACAACAGCAACUUUAGACCUGAUUCACAAGGGGGUUGCACAAUUUUUACAUCAGCUAAACCUCUGCAAGGGAGACAGUAAAGACAAUCCACAAAGCACAAGCAAAGGAGCGGAGUAAAUGCUCCACAAACUUUACUGAAGAGCAAAACGUGCCUCUGAUGGCUUGUACUAAUUCCACUUAUUUAUACGAACCAUCAAGCAUGCAUUUGGGGCUUGAUUGUCACAAUUCUAAGUAACUGAACCUCAUCACAAAAACAGUCUGACUGACACAAACAGCCACAAACCGCAAGUGUAAAAGUUUUACCACCUGCAGAGAGGUGGUGGUAGUUGCACAGCAGUAUUUAAAUGUACAGUGUCAAAAAAUAUAGUUGCAUGUAGCACAACAGACUUGAGAAAUAAAUAAAAAUUAGUGUAAAAUCACCAAAAUAAUGAAUGAAUUUUGUUUACGUUGACUUCAAAUGAGCGUUUUAUAUCUACAUAGCUGCAGGUCCCCUUGCAUGAAGGCUGCCAUCUUGCAUGCUGUGUUUCUGCAGUAGUACAGCACAGACAAAGAAAUGACAGAUGCCUUUUUGUAUCUAUGAAGUGGUCAUGCAAAUUGCAGCAGUUGAAGGCGACAAAGUAGAGGGUACUUGCUGUUGUGUGUACAAGAAUUAGAACAAGAAAGAGCUGCUCUUGCUGUCCCAACAAAGUAAAUUUUAUAAUAAAUGAUAAAUUAGUUUCAAUCCAUGAGUGAUCGGCUUCCAAAUGAAGAGAUCUGCUCGUCAUUUGUAUGUGGAUGGAUUUAAGCUCCAUCAGGGUUAGAGUGCACGGUGCAGCAAAGAGUGGUGAUUCCGACAGCUCAUCCUCACAAUCAGACACGUAACAGGAGCAACUUUAUUUGUCAUGUUUUCACUUGUCAUGUGUCAUGUGUGCAAUGUGAGUCAGACUUCAAGACGAACUGAUUGUGGGCAAAAUUAUCCCGUUUCUUAGUGCUAUUCACAGCUGCAUCUAUUCUUAGUGUAUUCCUCCCUGAAUGGAAAAAACAAACAUGAUGGCACUCAUAUUCACCAUCAGCUUACUGAACUGAAUAGUCUCUGGCUGCACAUUUUUCCUGCUUUUAUUCCAUGAAUUCUUUCUGUCUCUGUCCCACACAGCUAAAUCAUUCCCUAAGGCCUCCUCCCCCAGUCACAGCGUGUCAGGAGGCUUUCCGAAGAGCGCCUCAUCUUCCUCCUCUGGUUAUGACUACAGCCAAGACGCAGAGGCAGCUCACAUGGCAGCGACAGCUAUCCUCAACCUGUCCACACGCUGCUGGGAGAGACCCGAGAGCCUCAGCACCAAGCCCAGGGAACCCUGCACCAAGGUAAGGACACUGAGUCCUUGCAGGAUUUAUUUGGACCGGAGCGCUUUCAUUUAUCACCUCCUUACAUCCAGUGGAGAUUUGCAAAAGAGGAGAAUUAAUGUGAAGGUUCCCUCUGACCCCUGCAGGAGUCGGACAUCGAAGUGGACGAGAACGGCACCUUGGACCUCAGUAUGAAGAAGACAAAGAGGGAGGGUAUGCUGCCCCCAGAACCUUCACCCUCCUCGUCUUCAUCCUCCCAACUUGUCACAGCCACCUUGUCUCAGGGCCAUGCUCAGCCAGAGUGGGAGGGGCCGCUGGACUUCACUAAACCCAGUGGAGUCAAAGAGGAGGACCAUGAAGAGGUACCGUACACACUAAGUCUGUCUCUCCGUACGUUUAUGAUGUUCAAAUUUGAUUAAUUUCAUCAGUUAGACUAAAACUGCAAUUUUAGAACUCAUGUAAGCUUGUUAAUCAAACUGAUUGAUUUUCAUUUGCAUGUAUUUAAUCACCUUAAAGUAGCUUGACCUAUUUGUGCAGAUAAACACACAAUCACUCACCUUACAUCUUUGGAUUUUGUUUAGGUAGAGUAUGCGGCUCCCUCGUACACCUCAUCUGACUGUGAGGAGGAGGACCAGGAGAACCUAGAGGACAGAAAGUACCCUGGAGAAGUCACCACCAGCAGCUUCAAGGUCAAAUUUCAGCCCAAAGACAACAAAAAGGAGAUUCUGGUGUAAGUUUUCCAAAUUUGACAUAAAUAUUUUCAUCAGUAUCUCUGUAAGAACAGAUUAAAUUUACAAAUCUUACCUCUGGAAAAACAAAUAGGACCUCCUUGAAAAUGAGAUGAUCCCUCUCAAGGGGCUAACCCUCUAAAUAAACAAAUGAAUAGCCAAUCAUAGUUAAUGAUACUGGUGACCAAAGGGAGAUCCAUGUGGCCAUCCCUCUGGAUCUGCACCUCUAUGGUUUUCUUCUGCACAAUCUACUCUGCAGCACAAACUAUUAGGGUAUCUGGAUUUUUGUUGAAAAGCAUUAGGUUCAGUUUUGUGUUUACGAGUGUAAACACAACCUUUAAAGACUGAUGUGUGUUUGCAUAUCUUUGCUGUAGAUGUCCCACCCCAGGUUGCGACGGCAGCGGACACAUCACUGGUAACUACGCGUCACAUCGCAGGUCAGUCUCUUUACACAUUUAUGCUGUGAUAGAGGGAACAGAAGAUAAUUUAUGGCAACAUUUUUUUUUUAUUCUGUUCCUUGAAUCCAUUGACAGUGAUGUUUUGGUAAGGAAAAGGUAUUUUAGAACAUGAUAAAUCUGACUUAUUUUCACAAAUUUUUUCAUAUUUUUAAAGCAUGUAAAUCAAGGUGGUUGAUUAAAGCUCCAGUCAGGAGCUUUUAGUUGGUUUCGAAACCAACUGAAAUUUAAAUUUGUGUUUCUUGGUGAAAUGCAGUAAACACAGUCAUCAGGAAGAGUGACUGCUUCUAUGAAGUUAAUUGUACCAUCUGAAACCGCUCGUGGGGGUAGAUGUCAGACCAGUAACGUUCCUCACAGGUGCUUUAAUUUGACAAUUUUGAGCUCCUUGUUCUACCUACAUGUUGAAAGAUAAUCUAAAGCCAUUUUCAGACAUGCACUCUGGAAAAUUUCCCAAAAACUUAAGGAACUUUAACUUGGAGUUUAUUUGACUUAGGAGACUAAUCAGGAUGUCAAAGAAAGGCUGCUGUAGUCUAGAUGUAAUCUUUCCAAUCCUAUACAAGAUUAAACCGCUGAUCUUUUAAAGCUCCUGUGAGGAGGUUUUUGAUGUUUGUAUAAACAGACUGAAGUUCAUGCUGAUGUUUUUUUAAUGACAUACAAAAGUGAACCAUCAGCAACAAGACUGGCUGUUUUUUACUGUAAUUGUUAAUGCCUUGAUCUACUGCAAGGGGGUAGGUGUCAACUGAGCAUCUGAGGAAACAGCCCUGUUUCUACAACUUGGACAUAAAAUAUAUACAAUGAAUGAUACAUUUGACUGGGAAAAGUCAUCUGGAUGAGAUUAUUGGUCAAAAGACACUUCUUGAGCAUGCAAAGGACAAGAUGAGCUUUGCCAAUAGGUGGCGCCAAAAUUGACACAACCAAAAGUUCCUCACAGGAGCUUUAAUGUUAUUCCUCCAUAAGUUUUUAUCUACUUUCAGUCUUACUCUCUUUGUUUUUGUUUCCAUCUCAACCCCUGGAAGAUGUGUCUGUUCAUUAAUCCACCACUGUGUCAAUGUCAAAGACACGUAUGCUUUAGCAACUGUUUUUGACCUUUCUACGAACAUGACAAGCAAUUGAAAGUAUCAAAAGAUAAGUGUGAUGAACAUACUGGAGAGGAGAGGCGAGUAUAUGGCCAUUUUAAUACCUUUUACAUUAUUUUUAUCCCAUUACAUGCCGCUCUUCCAAGUUCAGAGUGCUGUCAUAGUUGAAGGCUACUCUGCACAUGUGUCAGCCUUGUCACCCGUGGGACCCCAGCCUGACACCAGGGGUCUGGCAGCGGAGUUAAAUUUGUCAAGAAAUUUCAAUUUAGUUUUAGUUGUUUUUUUAAGAAUAUUGGAGUUGAUUUCAGUCAUAUUUUGGUCUUUGUGUCUUGUGUUAUUUCAGUCAAGAUUUAGUCAGAGGAACCCAGGUUUCUCGGGCCAGUGUUAAUUUUUAUUUUAUUUUAUUCUAACUUUCUCUGAAAGUUUAAUGAUAAUUUAAAGAAAGAUGUUUCUCCUGGUUGUAAAAAUCUGAGUAUGAAGACAGAAUGUCCCACUGUGUUGGAUGAGCUUUACCUCAUUGUUUCAAUUUAGUCAUAAAAAAUUAGCACCUCAACGAAUACCUAUGCUCAUCUUUUUUUGUUAUUUUGAAAAAAAGCAUUUUCAUUCUCAUCAUCACUUUCACUGACAAAAUUAAUCUUGUCUGGCAGGAGAUAUUCUGGGUGAAAAACUUGGCUGUUUGUGUUCUCCCAUACAGCUCCCCCACAGGGUAAUGUCAGGAAAUUUUCAGGAAUUUUGUGCAUGGCUGAAAUGGGCUGAAGUAAAAGUUUUGUAAAGUUUAAGUACAUUCUGUAUGAAAGCCGAGAACGGCCAUGGGUUUUCUUUUUUUUUAAUGCGCUGUUAUCUCAUGAUAACGACUUAUCUUGUUAUCUUAACAUAACAAAGAUCGUGUAUCAUGAUAACGGAAAUGGCGUUUUAGCCAACCUCAAUGGUAACUUUUAAAAAAUGCCCUCCAGAUAAGGAUAUUUCUGAAAUGCCACAACUGCCAUUGUCGACAGCAAGUCAGGGUUUUCAAUGAAAACGCUGACGGCACGCUCCAUUCUGCGCAUGUGCGUUAGACUUUCAACGAUUCGCGCAUGAGAGUUAAAUGCUACCAUGUUGAAAGUGUAAUGCGCAUGCACAAAAUGGAGUGUGCCUUUAGCGUUUCAAAGAAAACCCCAACUCGCCGUCGACAACAGUGGCUGAAGUGUUCAGAAAUAUCCUAAUCUGAGGAAAACAAUCUGUUAUGCCGAGAUAAUGAAAAAAAAAGUUAAAAAAAAAAAAAAAAAACUUUAUCUUGAGAUAAUGAGAUAAUAAGUCGUUAUCAUGAGAUAACAGUGCAUGAAAAAAAGAAAAGUCCAUGGCUGUUCUCAGCUUCCAUAGUUUUGGCAUUUGAAACUCCGUGAUUUUGGCGUCCAUGGUGAAUCAGGCUGUAGCACUUGAUUAUCUACUACUUUUAAAUACAAAACAAACAAAAAAAAUCAAAUGAAAUCAAAAUCAAGACAAAGAUUAUUUGCUGCAAAAGGAAGUUUAGCCCUUGAGGAUAAGAAAGAAACAUCUUAUGCAAUAAAGACAGGUCUGUUUGAUGCCCAAAGAUGUCAUUGCCCAAACUGGUCUCACUGGAUCUUUUUCCAUAGCUGCUUGAAGUCCUACUUCCUGAAAAGACUCACAAAUCUGAUUCCAGCUUGUCAAAAUGAGAAUGAAUCUCAACAGGUCUCGCAGAUACAGAGUACUGCCUCUGUUAAAUAUCACCGCCUGUCAUUUAGUCCUGCCUCUUUUUCUAUAAUGUGUCAUUGCUGUAAGUAUUGGGUCAAAAAGACAUUUUUUUAAAGUAUAAAUGAAUGUUUUAGUCCUCAGCAGGUUUAGGAUCUCGUCUUGCUCUUCUGAUUUAGUUGAAGAGGAUUCAUCUUCUGAACUCACACAUCCUUCAUUCAUUUUUUGUCCUAUCCAACUUUUUCACUCCUCUAAAGUUCAGACAAAACAAGAUAACUCCUGUCCCCCUGUGUGUCUUCUAUCCAGUCCUGUCCUGGCUCUGUAGUACUGGUCCAGGUUUAGGUUCAGGCUCUUUUCUUCACUCAUACUCGGACAUCCUGUUCUCAGUCUGGUUUUCUGACGCUCUCUCUCUGACCUAUCUUCCAGUCUGUCAGGCUGUCCUCUUGCUGAUAAAUCACUUCGGACCCUCAUGGCUGCCCACACAGCUGAACUAAAGUAUGUCUGCUUUCUCCUGUCUCUCACCUCCAACAUGUUCACUGAGCACUCAGUCUGCAGCUACAGCUCUGUCCCUGCCCUCUUUUUAACACCAAUAUUUAAAGAAACAGUAAAAAUUAAAACUAGUGUUGCAAAUUCCAAACCAAAAACAAUAAGUCCUGACUAUAUAGUGAGAAAGAUCCAACAAUGAUGAAGGUAUGUGGGUUCAAAGACUGCCUGUGUGUGUCUCAGGUGUCCAACUCCAGGUUGUGAUGGAUCAGGCCACAUCACAGGGAACUAUGCCUCACACAGAAGGUAAGAGCUCUUCACCUGUUCUCUCUGCCUGCUUGUUGUACCAUUACAUAGGACUGACGGACUUUAAUCCUUCCUCUCUUUCAGUCUGUCUGGAUGCCCCCGAGCCAAGAAAAGUGGGUUGAAAGUGAUGCCCACCAAGGACGACAAGGAGGACUCAGAGCUGCUGAAGUAAGCAAAAGUAGCUUUUACCAGCCCAGUCUUGAGAAAAAAUAACAUGUUAACUCAUUUCUUAAUUAAACAAAGGAACAAAGUGCUUUACAGUGAAAAUAGUACACACAAUUUAUGUAAAAACUGUAAAAAAAAAAAAACAGGACUAAAUUAUAAGACCAGAAAUACUUUAAGGCGUGACAUUGCGUAUCUAAGUCCUCACGGUAGGACUUAUUAUCUGACAUAUCAUAUCAUGUCAUAUCACAUACCCAAAUGUAUUUUAUGCUAUCACAUUGUAUCAUAUAGUAUCUCAAUGUGUUGUACUAUUUCCAUUUUCUGAAUCAUGUUGUAUCAUCUCAUAUGGUUUUUACUGAACCACAUAGAAAAGCAAUGAUGUUUGACUUCAAAAUUUUAGCAGUCAAAGAAUAUAAAGAUACAAUACAAUACAGUGCAAUACAAGAACUUAAUUUAUCCCUUAAGGGAAAGAUUUUCCUGGAAUCUCAGAUAAACUGCAGAUAAACCAAGUUGUGAUUUGACCUGCCCAGUGGUGGUAAGGCAGUGGCUCUGUAAGCUUCUUUGAAGUUGGCAUACAGCAGGUCCAAGGUUUAGUUUUUUUCUGGUAGGACAGUUAAACUGUGUAAAGUCAGUCAGGUGAGAGGGGGACAUGGUUGAAGUCUCCUGAUAUUAUUACUAGUGCCUCAGGAUGUUGAGUCUGUAUCCUAGCAACAGUAUCAUGGAGAACAUCACACGGAACUUCAGCUGUUGCCUUGGGUGGGAUGUAUAAAAGUAUUGUGUGAUGUGUGUCUGCUUUGACAUAUUGAAUAUCAAAAUUAAAUCUUGAGAAAGUAUGACCAAAAAUUGAUCACUGAGAAAUAACGCAUCAAAGAAUGCCAAAGUUAUCCUCAUGAAACGUUAUGUUAAUGUUUUAUUAGGUUAUUGACCUUUUACCUUUGAAUGGAACUGAUCAGAAAUUACUCAGAUCUAACAGACUAGUCCUCAUGAAGUCAACUGGGUAUAAUUCUGCAAGUCAGAUAUUGAAAAUUCUUUCAGUUUUGGUGCUUUGUGGUGCUUGCACAACCAUCAGGACAUUUAUGCUUUGCAAACAAAGACAUCUGAUUACCCUUGAGGACACAUUUCAGUGAAAUACACAUUCAUGUUUUAGAAGAGAGAAAUUCAGAUGGCAGGAGAUACAGAUAAAUUGCUCUUUUACCAAAGUGAUAUUUGGAGACAUGACAUUGGUCUCUCCUUAUUUGACUUGUGAGUAAUGUCUCUUCACUCCUCUUUUUGUCAUCUCCAGGUGUCCAGUUCCUGGUUGUGACAGUCUGGGACACAUCAGUGGGAAAUACGCCACCCACCGCAGUGCCUAUGGGUGUCCACUUGCAGCUCGCCGGCAGAAGGAAGGUCUCCUGAAUGGUACUCCUUUCUCCUGGAAGGCCUUCAAAACCGAGGGCCCAACCUGCCCGACACCAGGCUGUGACGGCUCAGGACAUGCAAAUGGAAGCUUCCUCACACACCGCAGGUAUCCUGUCUCACUGCGAAUCCAAAGAGAUUUACACACUAGAAUGGCCAGGAACAAAAUGAUCCUGUGGGCCUCUAUGAACCUUGAUCCUGAUCUGCUGCUAUUCUCAGUCUCUCAGGUUGUCCAAGAGCUUCAGCGAACAAGAAGAGAGCCAAGUUACCCGGAGACGAGUAUAUCACUGCAAAGUUCAGGGCCAGUGAUGGUAAGAGACAGUUUAAAAACCCUCUACACAUACAUUCUGGCUAAAUCAGCUUCUUUCUGUUGACUGCAGUAAUGACUGUAAAUACAUUUUAUUAAUGUUGUGCCGCUACUAUCACUCAGUUCUGGACAAUGACGAGGAUAUCAAGCAGCUCAACAAGGAGAUCAAUGAGCUGAGCGAGUCUAACAACGAGAUGGAGGCUGACAUGAUGAACCUGCACACUCAGGUAUUGCUCAUAAGGCUGCAGGUUUGAUCAGAGGAAACAACAACAAAGUGUAGAGAUGAAUAACUGUAACAUGUUCUGUUUCAGAUCUCUUCAAUGGAGAAGAACCUGAAGAACAUGGAGGAGGAGAACAAACAGAUCGAGGAGAAAAAUGAGGCCUUGUUUCUCGAGCUGUCCGGUCUGAGUCAGGCACUGAUCCGCAGCCUGACCAACAUCCGCCUGCCAACAAUGGUGAGGAUAAACGAAGGGCUUUAACUGGGAUGAUUGCCCCAGGGCUGCUUCCCUCCCACAAUCGAAACUUUGAGCUCUCUGAGGUGCUAAAAAAGCAGGUAGAAAAUAAUCAUUUUGCCAGGUCCUAUUUGUGACCAAAUCAGAAAUCAAGAUUUGGUCAAAUCAGAAAUUUGAUUUGACCAAAUCAAAUCAAGUUUGACUAAAAGUUUUUGAGAACACAGAAUUGUGACUGAACCCGUGCAAUACUUGAGUUCAGGACAAAUACCCUUAACCAGGAAUAUAGUGCAUAACAUAUCCUAUUGUAUGUAUCAUAUCAUAUUCCAUCUGACUCCAAAGCUUUAUUUGCUUAUAAACUCUGUCUAAAAAACAGCUUUUAUACUGUUAAUGCAGUGAGCAAUAGGUUGGAUUUCAAGCUUGGGGGCACAGAGGUUUCUUUAAGUUUUUGAGUCAUCCCACAAUUUCCAGUCUUUGGUAUGAACUGGGACACAUUUCUUUAAUUCAUUGGCAAGGACUGUAAUUUUGGGUUAUGUUUUUAUUCAGCAGGAGCCGCUGUCUGAGCAGAACUUCGACAGCUACAUAGAGACCCUGACCCACAUGUUUACCAAUAAAGACUGCUACCAGAACCCCGAGAACCGGGCCUUGCUGGAGUCCAUCAACCAGGCAGUGAAGGGCAUUGAAGUGUGAUGGACAGGAGGAGGAGGAGGAGAAGGAGAAGGGGGGGGGCUUCACAGUUACAACUCCAAUCUUUUCUUUCCAAACCCUUUAGAUACUGUAUGUAAUUAAUUCUCCUCAUUUGGAUCUUAAUCAUCUGUUCUUUGCAUUUGUUUGCAUGUUGCUUUUUUGAUGGUAUGUGUGACGAGUCGAGGGCGUGGGUGUAUAGCGUGCGGUGGCACACUGGAAUCAAACCGUUACUGUGAGUGAGCGAGGGUGUAAACAGAACAAAAUCAGGAGUGCAGUAUACAGCCUUAGCUGAGCAGAUCCUCUUAGUUAGUGAACAUGUCCCAUCUCCACUCAAUAAUGUUGAUAGUAUUCUAUAUGAGCAUAGUGAUGUUGCACCUCCAGGACUAGUUUGUAGAUUCAUUCUUACUAUUGCUGUGUAACUAUUUAAGUCCUUUGCAAAUGUUGGUUUACUAUCUUAUUCAUUCAUGUCUGCUGUAUUUAUUUUUUAUUCUUUGGCCUAUUUAUUAUUCAUUAUCUAUUUAUUAACUUUUGUGUUAUUUAAAAUCGCUACCUGAGAAGAUUUUAAAACCAAGAGACAGGAAUCAUUUCCUCUGCAUUGUUGAACAAAGGGGAGAUAUUUUAAGAUAUCAACUAUGAAUUGUUUUAUAUAUCUUAUUAUUUAUUUAAAAUACUGGAAUCUUUUUAAGUGCAAAUAUUUUGUAACUGAAAGUUUUUUAAUAAUUUUCUAAAGAUUUUUGGUUGUUUAUUUGGUUCUUAUGUUUAUAUGAUUUUUCCUUUUUAUUUUCACAAACUAUUUUGAGUACAUUGCAAUACACUGGGAAUAAUGAGCUGCACAUAUUUGGUAUUUAUUUGGUGAUGAAGAACAAAGUGAUGGUGAAUAUUUAUUUUGUAUUGUCCAUGUGUUAAUGAUGGCUGUGUAUGGAUUAGUCUUUAAGUUGCUCUUGAAAUAAAGGUUAACCCGCAGUAAAUGUGGAUUGGACUGGCA